AAAAUCUCUUUCUCGCAGACUUUUCUCUUCCUCGUUCAUGCUCGCGUUCAUCUCCUCCUUCCAACGGCUUCGGGAGGUUCUGCCUCAGCGUCAACGGAGACAUAGAAGAGAACUUCGUCGUCGCUCCAGACCACGGCGCCGAAAGGCAGAAACAGAAGAAAAUGCAGCGCGUUGAGUGGAGACGAAGGCUUUCCCCCUCUGGCGGUGCUUCUCAGGUGUAUGUACUCCUCAACGAGCUGUCUCGGUCGCAGCUUUUCGAACGGGUGCCCGCAGAUGCCUUGUCGGGUUUCCGUCCCCUUUGAAAGGCUUUGUUUUUCGGAUGCGGUUUCUCCACUCCAUCUCACAGAGGCGGACGACCUUUUCUCGGUCUGAUCUACACUCCCUUUCCUCAAAGACACCCAGGAAGGGAGAAACAGACUCUUUUUUCUCCGUCCUCGCCUUUGCCAACGAUGGCGUUUCUGUUCUCCGCUCCUUUCUCCCGCGUCGCUGUCGGGCGUCCAGGCGCACAUCUACACGACGCAGGAACUCUCCAAUAUCACACACAUUUUUCUUCUUCGUCUUCUCCUUUCUCUUCUUCUUCUCUCUCCUCUUCUUCAUCGUCGUCUUCUCUCUCCUCUUCUUCAUCGUCGUCUUCUCUCUCCUCUUCGUCGUCGUCUUCUUCUUCCUCUUCAUCGUCGUCUUCUUCUUCCUCUUCAUCGUCGUCUUCUCUCUCCUCUUCAUCGUCGUCUUCCCUCUCCUCUUCGUCGUCGUCUUCUCUCUCCUCCUCUUCAUCGUCGUCUUCUCUCUCUUCUGGUGCUCCUCUCUCGGUUGGACCUAGUUCACCGGUUCCGCGUCCUAACGCGGUGCACCACCAGAGCGCUCUCGCCGCGUCGACCGGAGAACAUGCCUGCGACCUGUGCCGACGGCCGAAGCGGCAGCGACGUAGCCGCAAGCCGACAGGGCGCGACGAGGCGGCGGAAGGCCGCACGAGAAGUCGAAGCCUCUGGGCAAGAGGAGGCGAUCGAUCUGCACAAGACAGCGAAGGGAGAGAGGAAGAAGCGAGAAGGCGAGCGACAUGCGCAGCAGGCCCAACGGGCGCCGGCCGAGGUGGACCUGCAGAAGAGAGGCCGACGGUGAUGAAACACAAUCGUGAGGAGCAGAGGGAAGCAGCGCCGGAACAACCGACAGAAGAUGGACAUGUUGAAGAAGGUGCAGAGUCAGUGUGGUUUCAAGGAAAGGAAGGACAGAGUGCUCCUCGCACAAAAAGGAGAAUUCGUCGCUCUGGAAUGAGUUCCAGAAUGCGAAAUCGACAAGAUCGAGAAGACUGCCGACAGUUGAAAGACACAGAGACACCGGACGCCUGCCCUCAUCUCUCCGCUUUUCCCUCGAAUUCUUCCUCUUCUGUCUCCUCUUCUGUCUCCUCUUCUGUCUCCUCUUCUGUCUCCUCUUCUCGUCCCUGUGCGUCUGGAGGUCCUGUGUCUGGCUGUUCGCGUUCUUCUCCCUGUUGGAGAGAUCGUUUGCGUCACUCUUUGUCAGAGACGAACGCGAGUGAAGAGACACCGUCUGCAUUCGUCGUUGUCACUUGUCUCACAUGUGGGGUGUCUCGGCGCAGAGGCGCGUUACCGCAGACGCCGUUGGAGGACGAAAGUGCAGAACGGUAAUGUCUUUGUUUCUCGCGGCUUCGAACAAGGGUGCAACUCCUUCUUCGCAGUUCUUUUCAGCGACACACACUCUCCGUUUUCGAUGCCGGAGAAGAAGCGGCAAGCGCGUAAGAAAGUGGAUCGAGAGUCGGCCGCUUCCAACAUGACUUCGAAAAAUCGGUAAAACGCUGCUUUUCGGUCUCCUCGGUGUGCUUGUGGCGAACGAGGCUUUUUCAGAGUGCAAAAUGCAACUCGGACUUUUCUUCUCUCCUCUGGAGGCCUCGCCUCUGGGAGAUGUGUGAGCUAUGCGCUUGGACUGUUCCUCUAACGGUUUCAAGAAACGUCGAUUCAUGCGCAGUCGAACGGCGUUCAGUGCAGGCUGAACCAAGCCUAUCGACCUGAGCAUUUCUCUGCUCACUGGAUUGCGCGACCGCUCUCAAGUCUGAGGAAAAUGUCUUCCUCAUUCGCUGCCACCAUGGGAAGCAAAACAGUUUACACCUCCUGGAGAUUAGUCGACAGCUCCAGGUAGUUGACUUCUGUAUUGUGUGACGUCACGCUGUUCCGCAGCGGCUACGCUUCAGAGAACAGAUGAACAUUACCGUUAGAACUCGUAUCCACAGCGAGCGAAAACACCCACAACUCUGACUCUCCCUCCAGAGGUGAACGGCCACCCAGAGGGUGCAGUGCAGCUCUAACUCCUCAGAGCUGGCGGGAAUCGCGCAAAACCAAGCAAACGUUCAC